AUGGUGUAUUGUUAUGCUUUUGGUUGUACGCAUCGCACAGGGGGCAGACAGGCUUGUGGACUCUACAGGUUUCCGACUAAUGACAAGGACAGAAAGAAAUGGAUUGACAGAUGCAGACGGGCAGACAGGCCAUAUAACAGCAACGACCGGAUAUGUAGCUGUCAUUUUGUUGAUGGGAAGAAGGAGAAUGGUCCAACCAUCUUCAGCUUCAGUAAAGAUGUUGGCAGCUUCCCAGACCUGCCAACCCCAACAAGACGUAAAAAACGCAAGGUGGAAGAGGCUGUGGAACCAGAAAUUGACGUCCCUGAUACUGCCACUGGCAGCAACCAUGACCAUAGAUAG